AUGUUGACUUUGUAGUCUACAUUCCAUUAUUGUAUUAUUAGUUUUAGAAUGUAAAAUUAUAAUUUAAUAUCGGAUAGUCGCAUUUGUUAGUUACUUGGAAACCACACAUAACUUAACAUUUUAUAAAUUGUAAUUAUUUGCCAAAUUAAGAUAUAUUGACAAGACUGACGGAAGAAAAGAGGGGAUAAAUAUAUUAUUUAAGUUGAAUUACAUAAAAAUUUUAUUUGAUGGAUGGGAAAUUCACUUUAUCAUCAUGAUUAAUUUUUCAUUUAGUGUUUGGAAUAUGAAUAGAUCAAUGCGAUUUCAGAAGACAUUAAAUUAGUUAAAAUCAUAAAGCUACUUUGUAAGUAUUUCAACGAAAUGCUUAAAUAGAUUAAUAUAGAUUGGAGAAUGAGGCAUUUAGGGAAUAAAUUAACAAUACAACUAAUUGAAUGAAUUAGUAAGGAAGGGGCUUUGGAAUUUGCUGAAAAUGAGUAAAUAACUUAUAGCAAUUAAAAUGAAUUGCCUGAAGAUUUUUUGAGUAAUGAUUCUAAGGUAUUUUAUUGGUAAAAUAGAUUUUAAAGAAUAGAAGUUUGAAAUAAAAGAAGGCAGAAUUUGAAUUUAAUCAAAAG